AUGAAAUGGUCUAGAGAAAGGAUAUAUCGUACUCGAUUGAUGGGUUGGACACGCGAAGAGAAUAGACGUUUUGAGGAUGCUCUUGCGGUUCAUGGCCCUGACGACCCAAAUCGGUGGCAACAUGUAGCCAACGCCGUGGGUGGAAAAUCCGUAGAAGAGGUGAAAAUGCACUAUGAGAUCCUCAAGGAAGAUGUCAUUCGAAUAGAGCGUGAUCAAAUCCCACUACCCAGGUACAGAGGUGCUGGCAUCAACGGAAGACACAUUGACAAUGAGCAAAGGCGAAUGAGGAAUCUGACUCUGCGGUGA